UUUACCCGAGUUUUAUCGUAAACUCUAGUAUGGUUUUAUUUAGAGCGCCCUCAAUGUUAAGAUCGAAGAUAAAAUGGCGGCCUCCAUCUCGACAUUGAACAUGUUGAAAACCUUAUUUCUAUCUACGCGAUCGUCUGCGACAUUACACAGAAUUAACUCAUUGAAGACUGGCUUAACCAUUUCGAGAAUCCAUAGUGUGAGGUUCUGUAGUAAUUUCAAGUCAGAGAUAGCAGUGAGUGGCGGACAAAAUAAUGAGGAUGAACAUGACUCGUCGCGUUUGCCCGACGAUAUACAUGAUGUGGGGCUAGGCCCAUCCGACAAAAGCCUAGGCCUAUCCAACAAACAGCCGCAACCACUAAACUGGAACUUGACAAGGCGAGGUCAAGCCAAACGGUAUGCACGGGAGGGGAGAGCUUCAGGUGUCGACCCCAGCAUCAUGUGGCCAACACAGAGUGAACUUGAAAAUAUCAUCAGAGACGAAAAGGAGUGGUGUCCAUCGCUGCAACAGAUGCAGAGGGAAAUUGCCGAAGAAAAGACAGUCAUUGAGCUAAAAAGAAAGAAGAGACAACAACAGAUUGCAGCAAACAUGGCAAAGAUGCCCAGGCUGCUUGCUGAGCACCGGAAGAAGAUGGCAGAGAAGGCGGCCCAGCUCCAGGAGCAGAUUGCCAAGAAGAACCGUCUGCUAGAAGAGGCCAAGGAGAAGUUGGGAUAUGCCAUUGACCCUCGCAGCACCCGCUUCCAGAAGAUGGUGCAGGAGAUUGAGAAGGAGGAGAAGAAGAAAAAGAAGGAACUGAAAAAGAAAGGCAUAGUUGUAUAGCAGCAAUGGCACACCGAUGUAUGAGACAACGCCUAGAAAUAAGGCCAUGUCAACAUUAAAUGGCCACUGCCGGAAGAGCAAUUGGCAGUGGCACACCGAUGUAUGAGACAACGCCUCGAAAUAAGGCCAUGUCAAAAUUAAAUGGCCACUGCCGGGAAGAGCAAUUGGCUUAGUGAUUGUAACCAUUUGCCAUGGACUUGUUUUUUUGUGAAAUGCAAGAUAAAACAAAAAGUAACUCAAGCAUUUACCUUGUGGUAUCCUACAUAACCCUGUUAAACCUUGUAAAACCUUGAGAUAAACCUCAAAUUACCCCUGGUUUGAUUUUGAAUUCAUCUCUUAUUGUUAGCAGCAACUAAGUUAUUCAGAUGUGGCCUUAGAGCAGUGGUCACACAGGUGUGAUGGCAUCGUAUCAUAAGAGUUUUCAUCAGCAGAUCCAAGUAUACUAAAAUCUACGAAUCUGAUGAGUGUAUCAUUUUGUGACCUCGUAAACUUUUAGGUUAGCAUGGAGACUAAGGCCGUGUCCGAAACGGGCUUCCAGAGCUACGUCUCCACGCAUUUCCAUUGGAGCGAAGACCUAGCUCUAGACAGUAGAUUCAGAUGCAGGCUUAGAAUUAUCCGCACUAAUAUUUAUGGCAAACUGAGAUCGACCAUGGGAAAAGGUAAUUAUUGGAAGAAAUUGUUCAGAAAUAGGGUCAAUAAGAAUUUUAUUGGAAUGCAUUUACUAAUAAACAGCCCUGUUCUCUUCAAA